AUGGCCCACCAAAAGUGCGAUCAUGGUGAUUCUGCCUUGCACGCGUUUCGUGCCCAGGAAAUCCAACAACCGCUCCAUAAUAGCAUACCAGCGGAGCUUCUGCCCCGAUUUGACCCCGUUUACGUCGAGUACUACAACAAGUACAAUGUUGGACGUCUGCAUACUCACGAAGUGCCGAUAGAGGACUAUCGUCAGGAUCCGGCAAGGUACACGGUCUUCUACGGUAGUGAACCAGGGCCCAAUGUCUUUCGCCUUACGGAACAGCAGUGUCCUGUUAAAGGAGGAGAGAUCACUAUCCGCAUUUUCGAGCCAGCAUUAAAAAACGACGAUCAGGGUCAGCCUCUGAAGAGAGCAGCCUAUGUCAAUUUCCACGGCGGCGGAUGGGUGUUUGGUGGGCUCAACACCGACCAUGAUUACUGCAAAAGACUUGUCCACGCUCUUGAUGGAGAAAUGGUUGUUUUCGAUGUCGAUUACCGACUGUCGCCCGAGCAUCGUUUUCCUAUUCCCGUAGAUGACUGCUGGACAGCUUUCAAUUGGAUCCGCUCCCAGAAAGCAGAAGAAUUCAAUAUCGAUCCAGACCGAUUCGCCGUGGGCGGACCAUCAGCUGGAGGCCAUCUCGCUGCCGUUGUCAGUCAUCUCUGUCGUGACGCGCAGAUACCUCUACGCCUACAGGUCUUGAGUGUGCCAGUGUGUGACCUGCACGGUGCCUUUACCCCAGAUGGCAAGUUUGACCGCGAGAGUUGUCCCUACGAUUCAUAUCGAGAGAUGGAGUUUACUCCGGCACUUCCUAUGGCUCGUAUGGCAUACUUCCAUAAGCACUUUCUGGGAGUGCCCCGACCAGCAGCCUCAGAAGAGGACUGGAAAAUAUCACCGAUGCUCGCCCCCAAUUUCCAGGACUUGGCCCCUGCGUUGAUCUCAACGGCAGAGCUGGAUCCUCUCCGCGACGAGGGAGAAGUCUAUGCGGCCAAGCUCGAAGCGGCAGGAAAUGUUGUGGAGCUGUAUCGAUAUGAGGGCACACCACAUACUUUCCCAUCCUUGGAGGGAAUCCUGCAUAGUGGGCGACUGCAUAGGGAGAGAGUGGUCGAAGCGUUGAAGCGCGAGUUGCUCCAGGGAUGA